UUUUUUUUUUUUUUGGUUUCUUGGGCUUGAUAAUACAUGGAUGGUUACUUGAGAUGGGGAGCCAUGUUUUAGGCAUUGCAACAGAGGUUAUAGUGAUGACAGUAGUGAUCUCAGUAAUCCUGCUUUUCCUAGGAAUCGGAGCUUUAGUGCUGAUCCAUGUCUGUAUCGUUGGGAGGACUCUCAGAAACGGGGUUAGAGAGAGAAACGGUAAUAGUAAUAAUAGGAAUACGGUGGAGAGAGAAAGUUUGGGGAGCACGAGCAUGUCCCGAGACGACAUCGAAAAGUUGCCCUGUUUCGAUUUCGUGGGGAAGGAGAAAGCUGGGAGUAUCAGCCCUGCAGCAGAUUGUGCUGUUUGUUUGGAGAAUUUCAGGGCGGGUGAGAGAUGCAGGCUUUUGCCUACUUGCAAUCACAGUUUUCACGCUGAGUGCGUGGAUUUGUGGCUUUUGAGGACUCCCGUUUGCCCUGUUUGCAGAGCUGGUGCUGAUUUUGUAAAUAGUGGAUUGUUGUGUGGUGAAAAUGUGACCGAAAUUCAGAUUGGCGGCGGCGGCCGCGGUGGUGGUGUGGCAUUGAGUGUAGUUGUUGGUUCUGAUAAUGUUGCAGAAAGCCAAACAAGGGAAACAUGGAGUUCUAGUGAGAGAGUCGUUGAGGAGAGAGAAGAAAAUAAAAAAAACAUGUCGAAAACUCACAUAGCUGUAUUCCCCUUCAUGUCAAAAGGCCACAUCAUCCCACUCCUCCACCUCUCCCGCCUCCUCCUCCUCCGCCGCGGCGUAUCCAUAACCAUCUUCACCACUCCUGCAACUCAUCCUUUCAUCUCCCAACUCCUCUCCGGCGAUGACGUCACCAUCACCACCUUACCAUUCCCGGCGAACAUACCCGGAAUCCCGCCGGGAACUGAAAGCACCGACAAGCUUCCGUCCAUGUCACUCUUCGUCCCCUUCGUCAACGCCGCCAAGCUAAUGCAGCCCUCCUUCGAGGAAGCUCUCCUGAACAUCAACCGCUCAAACGAAUCCCAUCCGAUAAGCUGCAUCAUUUCAGACGGGUUCCUCCCCUGGACGCUGCAGACGGCGGCGCGUCUCGGCGUCCCUCGCCUGAGCUUCUACGGCAUGGGCCACUACGCCAUCACCCUCUCCCGCGACGCCGUCGCCAACGGCUCCCUCUCUCUGCACGAGUCCGGCGACGAGCCGUUCAACCUAGUCGGCUUCCCUCGGAUCCAGUUGACCCGGAACGAGUUCAACGACCCGUUUGACAAACCCGACCCGACAGGCCCUCAUCUGGAUUUCAUAAUCGAAGCCAUCACAUCCACCAAUAACAGCUUCGGCUUGUUGGUAAACAGCUUCUACGAGCUGGAGCAACCGUUUGCCGACUACUGGACCCGCCACUGCGAACCCAAAGCCUGGAGCAUUGGACCACUCUGCCUCGCGGCGGCGCCGCCGCCAAAAGACGAACCCUCACCGAGCCACAACCCGAAAUGGAUCCAGUGGCUGGACCGGAAAUCGGCUCUGGGUGACUCGGUUUUGUACGUUGCAUUUGGAUCUCAAGCAAAAAUACCACCGGCGCAGUUACGUGAAAUCGCCGCCGGAUUGGCGGCGGCGGAAACGAGCUUUCUAUGGGUGUUGAAGAAGAGCGAAUUCGCGGAAUUUGAUCUCGAGGAAUUAUUAGUAUCGGAGAGAGGAAUGUUGGUGGAUGAAUGGGUUGACCAGAGGCAGAUUCUGGAGCAUCCGGCGGUUGGGGGGUUUCUGAGUCACUGCGGGUGGAACUCGGUGAUGGAGGGGAUAUGCGCCGGGGUUCCGAUUGUCGCGUGGCCGAUGAUGGCGGAGCAAUUCCUCAACGCAAAGUUCGUGGCGGAGGAGAUUCGUGUCGGUUCGAGGGUUAAGACGGUCGACGGAUCGGCGAAGGGAUUUAUUAGUCGGGAGAGCUUGAAGAAUGCGGUGGUGGAAUUAAUGGAGGGGCAAAAGGGGAAAGAAAUGCGGGAGAAAGUGAAAGAAGUCGCGGAGGCGGCGCGGAAAUCGAUGGCGGAAGGAGGCUCGUCGUCGCUUGCUCUCGAUAACCUCGUUGAUGCGAUACGUAGCCAUAAUAAUAAUACCAUUAAGAUUUCACCGUAAUAUGCUCUCGUCGUUAAAUCAUCGGCCACGCGACAAUCGCAUAUUAUAUUAUGUUGUCUAUCCAAAAAUUAGCUACAUUGUCAUGUUUGAGCGGCCGAAAAAUAAAUAAAUCGAAAAAUUUGUAAUCUCCGCUGGUUAAGAAAACUGCAGAUUUCAACAGCUGCAAAUUAAUUAUUAUAAUUUUGUACGUUGUCGAUGUAUCCAAUCUUUUUAUUAUCAGUUGAAAAAGGAGCUUCAAUAUUU